CUGCCUCCUCUGCAGGAGGAAAGAGAGCCUAAGACCAGAAAAGUUUGAAGGGAGAGCAGGAGUGAGUGGAGCAGCUCUCUUAAAGCCUCUUCCUCAUUUACCCAUCUUGCUUCCCUCCCUUCGCCCCCUCCCUUCUUUUUCCAAAAGAAGGAGGUAAGGACUCCCACCCACCCCCCAAAACCUUUUCUAAUCUUGAGGAAAAGGAGGGGGGCGGGGAGGGAAGAGGAGUAGAUUCCUUGGGAACGUCAUGGAGCUGCUGUGCUGCGAGGUGGACCCCAUCCGGAGGGCUGUGCCGGACCCCAGCCUCUUGUUCGAUGACCGCGUUUUGCUUAACUUGCUUACCAUCGAGGAACGCUAUCUACCCCAGUGCUCCUAUUUCAAAUGUGUUCAAAAGGACAUUCAACCCUACAUGAGGAGAAUGGUGGCGACUUGGAUGCUGGAGGUCUGUGAAGAGCAGAAAUGCGAAGAAGAGGUUUUCCCUUUAGCCAUGAAUUACCUGGACCGUUUCUUAGCUGGGGUGCCCACUCCUAAGUGCCGUCUCCAACUUCUGGGUGCUGUCUGCAUGUUCCUGGCUUCUAAGCUGAAGGAAACCAUACCCCUCACGGCAGAGAAACUGUGCAUUUAUACGGAUAAUUCUGUCAAACCCCAAGAGCUGCUGGAGUGGGAAUUGGUGGUAUUGGGCAAGUUGAAGUGGAACUUAGCAGCUGUGACCCCUCACGAUUUCAUCGAACACAUUUUACGGAAGCUGCCCCUGCCGAAAGACAAACUGCUUUUGAUCCGAAAGCAUGCACAGACAUUUAUUGCUCUUUGUGCAACAGACUUUAAUUUUGCCAUGUACCCACCCUCGAUGAUUGCAACUGGAAGUGUGGGAGCAGCCAUCUGUGGCCUUCAGCUUGACAGUGAGGACAACUCCCUCUCAGACCAUCUCACAGAACUGUUGGCGAAGAUCACAAAUACAGAUGUGGAUUGCCUGAAAGCCUGUCAAGAACAGAUCGAGGCCGUGUUGGUGAACAAUCUGAGACAAGUUCGGCAAGAGGAGCAGCAGAGAAAUCCUACAAAGACAGUGGAUGAACUGGAUCAAGCCAGCACCCCCACAGAUGUGAGGGACAUCAACCUGUGAGGAUUGCCAAUGCAGAGAGAGAAAAACAACAGAGAAAGAAAGAGAGUAGUAGUAGUACUGGCUCUCCAGACUUCCAUUUGGGUGUUUUCUUACUUUGUGGGAUUUUUUUUUGUGUGUAUGUGUGUGUUUUUUAGAACAAAACUUUUUUUUAAUCUACUCCCGCCUAGAAAUAUUUAAGGGUCUUUUAGAAAAGAGAAAAAGAAGCCUACAAAAAAAAAAGUUGGAACUAUUAAAAAAUAUUUGGUGCCUAUAAUGUUAAAAAGAAGGGAAUAAAUUACUGUUUGGUUAUAUAUAGUAAAAUGCUUAUAUAAAAGCAUACAAAGUAGCUAGAAAAAAUGUGUGCCUGCAGAUGUGGGAACAAAGCAGAUUAUACUCUAUUUUUCCAUAUUAUGAACUAGUGCGUACAUCCCCAAUUUAGAUGGGAGAAAAGAACUAUGUAAUUCAUGGUUUAAUUAGAUUGCAGAGCAAUGGACUUAAAGGGGUUGGGGAAAUGAGGAAGUAAUGAGGGGGCAACACAGAAAGAUAAUUAUCUCUGAUGCAAUUGAACCAUUCUGGAUGCAAAAGUUCUUUGGCUCUGAAGUCGCCUUUGGUUUAAUUGGAAAUGUUUGUUGGAUUUCUCCGAGUUAGUUGUGCUUACUCCCAUCUGCGGUAGCUGCUGCCAAGGAAAGAAAGAAGAUGCUUUAUUUUGCCAGGCAGAUACAGGUGAUUGGUUCCCAGGUGUGAUACGCCACUUCUUCUUUUAAACAUGGUCAUUACCAUUAUAAGGAAAAGCCCAACUUUGGGCCAUUUCCAGGAGUCGUGUUUUAAGGCAGAAAAACAGGACCAGAGUCUGAAUUGUUGCAAUAAACAAGGGUGAUGAAGUCUUCACAUCCUUCACCAGUCCAAAUUAAUUCCAUGGACUGAUGAACAUUUCUUAUCCACAGCUCAGCAUUAUUAUAAACCAUUCCAUUCAAAAAGCACUUUGAAAAUUAUUCUUGAGGGAUAAAUGGGAUGGUUUAUGAAAAUCAUGUGGAAUUAAGUAUAGAGGGGGUGAAAAGUGCAGUCCUCCUCUGCCCCCUCCCCAGUCUGUAUUAUUAUUUCUAUAUUGCAUCUGAUAUACUCUCUCAGUAGCUCCUGCAAUAAUUUUAGAAGAUGAGAGACACCCCAUUCAGGUGACAUUCCCAUCACAACAUUCCUGAUGAAAUUCCAAAGGAAAAAAAAUGUUAUUCCUGUGUCACAGAAGGAUCUUAAUACACCUACCUGCACACUUCUCCUUUGGGCCUUAAGAGAAUAAUUACUGUUAGUGCAAAAGUCAGUUGACUGAACACCAGGGGCGCAGUGUUGUAUUUUAUUUUUUCCUUUUUUUUGAGGGGGGUGGUGGUUAAUUUUAUUACAAAAUUGUCUUCAGUGUACUUGAAUUUUUUUUUUCCACUUUGUUUCAAAAGGGAGCAAAGGAGUUGGAGCAGAAAAAAAAAAUUUGCACAGUUAUAUUAGCAGGAUAGGGGGUAUAUGAAGCUGUUGUUUGAAAUAUUGUUUGCAUUUUUUUUAAAGAAAUCAUAAUGGGCUACUUUGAAGCAUUAUUUUAUAAACAGACUUGUGUCUGGCAAUAUGAGGGUUGAAAAUGAAAUUUUAAGAAAAUCUUAGGGUAUCUUUCAUUUGUUUUUAUCUGUUUGGGUUUUUUUUUUUUUUUUGUUGUUGUUGUUUGCGCUGCUAAGAAGCUACGAUCCUUCAUUUUUAUCCACAUUAACAGUACUUAGCUGUAAUGUUUCACUGAGUGUGCUGCUAUUUUAUAAACAUUUUGAUAAUAUAUUAUUUUACUGCUUAAAUUUCAAAUCCUAAAGCAGGUGGUUAAGUUGAGCUUUUAAGUUCUGUGAUUUACUGGAAAAGCCCGUGUAUACCUUUUGUUUUUCUCUGAUAGUGUAUUCAUUUUUUUUCCUGCUCAUUCUGCAAAAAAAUGGCAUUUACUUUACCUCAGGUUUACUGGAUACAAAAUAAAAGGUUCACACUCUUUUUUCCUAAUA